CUGGCCAGUAGGCUCCCUACCCGGACCUCUAACCCCAAACCCAAGCUAAGAGGUUUCCUUCCAUCAUUUGAAUAUACUCUUCUACAAGUACACAAGGUACGCGAGCCUUAACCCAUCAAACCCUCGGUCCUUGUGAGGGAGCGGGCCAGAUUGCUUCACAGCUGCCAGCCACCCGCUUCUGGUCCAGAAACCUGGGGUGGGCGUCCCUAAGCUCACAGUGCUCAGUCAGGGCAGCAGGCAGCCUCGUCUCUUCGUGCCCUUCCCACCCUUCACUGCACAAGCUAGCCGUGGACCUUGAGAACCGAACACUCCUGCCCGACUCUGGACUAGGUACAUCCGGGGUGUGGCUCUCGUUGGAGAGCAGCCUCCGGAGUAAGCGCCAUCGAAGUCCCCCGGGGGCAGCCCCUGAACAGCGCUCGCGGCUCCAGCCACCAGUAGCUGCACGACGGCCUUUCGCCCGGACGGCCCUAGUGACUCUCAAUCUCUGGAGUUGCCGCGACCUCAGGCCUGGCGAGGACACAGAGGGGAGCUGCAGGACCCGGAGGCGCGCGGCGGCCGGCCGUGGGCAGGGCGGGGCAGAGCGGGGCGGCCGCCUCCGUGCGUCCCACAGGGACCGUCCUCUCCGCCCGCCCCGGGGCUCAGCGCGCAGGGCGGCCGACGGGGCGCACCCCGGCCGGGCUCGCAUGGACCUCCGGCGCCGCUGGCUCUUUCGGAUGUUGCUGCUCGUCUCCACCAGCUCCGGGAUCCUCCUCAUGCUGUACUCCUCGGCGGGGCAGCGGUCCCCUGAGACCCAGGUUCCCGCCAGGAACAUCAGGCCACCUCGAGCAUUCUUUGAACCCAAGGCACCGAAUCUGGAAAACAGAAAGGGCCGGCUUUGCCAACAGCCGCUUUCCCUGGCCAUUCAGAAGGACCAGCACUUCCGGGGUCUGUUUGAUCUCUCCACCCCAGUGCUGCUGUGGGACGGCCUCUUCACUCCAGACCUGUGGAACAAUCUGACCCAGCACAAGGUCCCCUACGGAUGGCAGGGGCUCUCCCACAAAGUCAUUGCCUCUACCCUGAGACUUCUGAAAAACCCAGAGAGCGCGGAGCUGUUUGGUGCCUCCAGGAAACUACCUCUAAGUUGUAUUCGCUGUGCCGUGGUGGGUAAUGGAGGCAUUCUGAAUGGGUCCCGGCAGGGUCAGAAAAUCGAUGCUCAUGACUAUGUCUUCAGACUCAAUGGCGCCAUAACCGAAGGCUUUGAGCGCGACGUGGGCACCAAGACCUCCUUCUAUGGUUUCACCGUGAACACCAUGAAGAACUCACUCAUCUCCUAUGCCAAACUGGGCUUCACCUCUGUGCCACAAGGGCAGGACCUGCGCUACAUCUUCAUCCCCUCAAGCAUCCGUGAUUACCUGAUGCUGAGAUCUGCCAUUCUGCGUGAGCCUGUUCCAGAAGGUCCCGAUAAAGGGGACAGGUGAGCACCUGACUACACUAUGAGCCUAUGACAUGGGGGUAGGAGGGACAUAUGAGCUUCUCCCCUUGUUCUGAGGACCCAUGGCUAGGUGGAGCAGCUGGCUGAUAGGCUCUCUAGCCCUGGCUACAGCACGAGAAGUUAUGUGAAGGGAAAACUCUUCAGAAUUCAAUAAUCCCUAGAUAUUCAGCAUAAUUUAGUAGUGGGGAUUGUAACCCAGCUGAUAGUGGGUGCGUUCUGGGAACUCCUGAGUGGAGUGAACCUCGGGGCUUAUGGGACUCUGUCCAGGGAACGAAGAGGUAAUGCUUGGUCACCUGAAGUGUCACCAUUAAAACUAAAGGCAGACUUGUCAGGGUU